AGCUGCAAGAAGAUGCUGUCAACCAGGAAGCUGUCCUCAGGAAGAGGCUCCAAGAAGCCAGCCAGCCGCUGGGGGACCCAAAGGAGCAGAUUAAGGAUCGAGAUCGGGCAGCCCACUCUGCCAGUGAAAAAGCUGCGUCUUUACAGCACAAAUUAGAGGAAGCAAUUUCAGAGCAACGGAACUUCCAAACUAUAAAUACUGAAUUAUCGAAUACUUGCCAGACGCUUGAGCAGAAGACAAGAAAACUGAAAAAAACAAUUGAGUCACUUCGAAAGAAUUUAAUUGAAAGGGGACUCCAUGGCUUGCUGUUUCAGAGCUUUUUAGAUGAGGAAUUUCCUCACUGUGAUCCCCUGUCCUGCACAGAUACAACUCAACAACCUCUUCAAGAAAAAUUGAAGCAGUGUUGCCACAACUUAUAUAGUGGUCAGGAAGCAAGAAUACAUCAAACACUCCUGACCUUGAAACAUACAUGCUGGUACACACCUCUGCUGGAUGCCUUAUCUCUGGAUAGUCUUAUAGCGAUUCCAACACUGGAGCUGAAACCUUCCUCAUGUGUAGCCAACCAAACCCAUACUUUGCAUGAAAGGCCUACAUAUGGAGAAAUAAAGGAUGGUGCUUUGGAUGUGACAAAACAACACAAGUGUCCAGACCCCACAGGUGGCCCUGACCCAGGAACAGAUCUUUCAGGUUGCAUCAAGAUGAACAAUGACCCGUGUAUGGAAGAGAAUGGUGUUCAACGCAUGUGUUCUGAGAGGCUGCUGCAGUCCAGCAGGGAAUGCCCCAUACUACCAUCAUCCAGACACACUUCAUCGACAGACAGUACUGUAACUUCAAGUGAUUCUGGAUCAGAAAAUUUGAAUAUGGCUUCUGGUGACCUUGAUGAUAAAUCACUCAGUAAGAAAGAGGAGGAUACAAGAUCAGCUUCUACCAUGAUAGAGACCCAAGGCACAGGUCCAACUCAUGAGAAUAUUGCAUGCCAAGACUCUAUGAGUAAGGAUAAAACCGCAUUCAAUCGGGAAACCAAAGAGGAACCAGAAACAAUAGAAGAGCAUAAAAGAGAAUGUGCUACAGGAGACAUGACAGUCACCCCUCUUCCUGUAACCACUGUGAAAUCAGUUAACUUUAGACAAAGUGACAACACCUCAGCUAAUGAGAAGGAGGUGGAGGCAGAAUUUCUCAGAUUAUCUUUGGGGUUUAAGUGUGACUGGUUUACGUUGGAGAAAAGAGUGAAGCUUGAAGAGAGAUCCCGUGACUUGGCAGAAGAAAAUUUGAAGAAAGAAGUCACUAACUGUUUAAAGCUAUUAGAGUCUUUAACACCUCUGUGUGAAGAUGACAACCAGGCCCAGGAAAUCAUUAAGAAACUGGAGAAGAGUAUAUCGUUCCUCAGCCAGUGCACAGCACGAGUGGCCAGUAGGGCUGAGAUGCUAGGAGCCAUUAAUCAGGAAAGUCGGGUUAGUAAAGCAGUUGAAGUGAUGAUUCAGCAUGUAGAAAACUUAAAGAGAAUGUAUGCCAAAGAACAUGCUGAAUUGGAAGAACUGAAACAGGUUCUUUUGCAGAAUGAAAGGUCUUUUAAUCCUCUUGAAGAUGAAGAUGACUGCCAGAUUAAAAAACGUUCAGCUUCUCUAAACUCCAAGCCAUCUUCUCUUCGAAGAGUGACCAUUGCCUCCUUACCCAGAAAUAUAGGAAAUGCAGGAAUGGUGGCUGGGAUGGAAAAUAAUGACCGAUUCAGUAGGAGGUCAAGCAGUUGGCGUAUUUUGGGCUCAAAGCAGAGUGACCGUCCCUCAUUACAGCGAUUUAUUAGCACCUAUUCCUGGGGAGAUGCUGAAGAAGAAAAAUGUGAACUAAAAACUAAAGAUGACUCAGAACCACCUGGAGAAGAAAUAGUGGAAGGGACAAGGAAGCCAAGUCUGUCUGAAAAGAAAAAUAACCCAUCAGAGUGGGAUACCUCUUCGAUUUAUGCCACCAUAGCUUCCUGGGCAACAAAUCUCAAGACUUCCAUCAGAAAGGCAAAUAAGGCACUUUUGCUUUCUGUUGCGUUCAUUGUACUUUUUGCAGCCUUGAUGAGCUUCCUCACAGGUCCAUUUUUCCAAAAGUCCGUGGAUGCCGCUCCCACACAGGAAGGGGACUCCUGGAUGUCUCUAGAACACAUCUUGUGGCCAUUUACCAGACUCCGACACAAUGGGCCACCACCAGUGUGAUAGCAGCCCAUCCUAAUAUAUGUAUCUUGAUUUUUAAAUGUUAAAGUUUCAGUAUCUGAAUUUUGUAAAUUAGAAGCUUUUGGUUGGGAAAGCAUAGCAUGAAGUCAGAGGUUCUCAGGAUGACUGUAAGGUAUUUUACAUUCCUUCUUUUCUGUGUUUAUCUCCCUGACAAAAAUAACAUGGGAAAGAAGCCUGUCUAUCUUUUAAUGAGCUUUUUUAGGAAGAAAUGUUAUAUAUUGUUUUAUUAAAUUUUAUUGAAAUAAAGAAUCAUUUAAAUCUUCAAA